UGUGUGUGUUGUCAUCAUCACUGCUCUUUGACCCAGUUCGACCCACAUUAAAUACCUUCCUGUGUUGACCGGGAUCAUUGGACUACAACACGGCUGAAAAAUGUCCCGAGCUGCGGAAAGACUCAAACUUCUGAUCAAUCAUCUUGAUCGAUCAGCUGCUUGGAUCAGUGCUUCACCAACCUCUGCUCAAACCUACACCAAUACUGAUCUACAGAAUCUGAGAUACACCUUGGACAACAACUUACUGACCCCAGAACAGCGACUUUUCUAUGAAGAGAAUGGCUUCAUCCUCAUCAAGAAUCUGGUCUCUGAUGAGGACAUUGAAAAGUUCAGGAGGGAAUUUGAACGGAUCUGUCUGCAGGAAGUCAAAAUUCCUGGUAUGGUGGUGAUGAGAGAUGUGGCAAUUGCUAAGUCGGAGUUUGUGCCAGAUCAGAAAGCUGUCUCUAAACUCCAGGAUUUCCAGGAAGACCCUGAACUGUUCCAAUACUGUUCUUUACCACAGAUUCUGAAGUAUGUGGAGUGUUUCACUGGACCCAACAUUAUGGCCAUGCACACCAUGCUGAUUAACAAGCCUCCUGAUGCAGGGAAGAAAACAUCUCGUCACCCAAUGCAUCAGGACCUGCAUUACUUCCCGUUCCGCCCUGCUGAUCGGAUUGUCUGCUCUUGGACUGCGAUGGAGACAGUGAACCGGCAGAAUGGCUGCCUGGUUGUCCUGCCAGGAACACACAAAGGCACACUAAAGGAGCACGACUACCCAGAAUGGGAGGGUGGUGUGAACAAGAUGUACCAUGGAGUCCGUGACUAUAACCCAGACCACCCUAGAGUGCACCUGGUGAUGGAGAAGGGUGACACUGUGUUUUUUCACCCCCUGUUGAUCCACGGCUCCGGUAUGAACCAGACACAGGGCUUCCGUAAGGCCAUCUCCUGUCACUAUGCCAGCGGUGACUGUUAUUACAUUGACGUAAAGGGAACGACACAGGAAAAUAUUGAGAAUGAAGUGACGGCGAUUGCAGCCAAGAAGUACAAUAUAGCUGAUAUUGCAUUCAAGGACACCUGGGCGUUUAGAGGCCGACUGGUGCAAGGAGAGAGGAUUUCACUGUGAUACAGCAGAUGUGCGACAAAAGAUGAACACAUCACCAGAGGGAGACCAACCACAGAGCUGUAAUUAGAACAGAUCGACAAAGUUAUUGGAAAAGAAGUGACGUGGCAUUAUUAUCACGCUAAGAAUGCUCUGUGUAAUCAUGAAAGCUUGUUUAUAGACAUUUUUCUAAUCAUACCAUCCCAAUUUUCCAUUUUAGUUUAGGAAGUUUGGCUUUAGAUAUUUGAAAUAGAAUUGGAAUUCCAGGAAAUUCUUCUAACUUUGUUGUUUUACCCCACCUCAUAGCCACAAUCCUCAACCUCCCUGCUUGAAAUCAAUAUCAGCGUGCAAUCUUUAGGGAUGUCUAGAUUCCAAAAAUCCACAUGGAGGAUCAAGAAUUGAGGAGAUUUGCUGGAGGGGAAAAAAAUGAGAUAAGAUCCGCACAACCUGUGAGCCCCAAAGAUGUUUAUUCACAAUAUGGUGAAUCUCUUAUUAUCUCAUUUUUUGUUCACUUUUCUUUUGGAUCCGACACACCUUUUAUUAAUUGGAUGUGCGUGUCAUUACCUUUUCCCAGAGAUUGGCUGGAGAACCUAUGACCUUUUCAGUAAUUGGACCCGUGACACAUAGAGGUGUUAAACAACAGCAGAAGAAAACAUUAAAAAGAAAAGUUUUCCUUAUUUAGCGGGAAUUACAUUAGUGUUUUAAAAUGCUAAUAAAAAUGUGAGACACCCUUAAAUUGCUUAUUUGACACAUAACUUGAAUUAAAAGUUAAUUAUAAGCUUAAAUGAUCAUGUUUGUGUUCAUAAAAUACAGGGGUAGACUAAGAAAAUAACAGACUCAUAAGACAGUUUCCACAUAUGUCAAUUUACUGAUAUUUAUCUAAAAUAACAGCACUGAUCCAAGGAUGUAGCCUCCUCUCCUCAUGUCACUCGCAUCCUGAGUGGGAGAGACUAGGACACAUGGAGAUACACAUUAGAGGUACAAACUGAGGAAUAAAAUGUACGAGUAUCUGUUCUUUAUGCAUAUUUCAACACUAAAAUGGACUAUUGCUUCCAAAUGAGAGGAUAUAAAAGAUAAGCCAAUGGCAACAUACAUUUCAAGGGAAUCUCCCUGCUCACAUUUUCAAAGUAUGAGCUCAUAAAUAUAUUGCGUUGUCACCUACCUCACUAUUAAAUUAAUACAUAAAGUAUGAAGCACCUGACAUUCAGCUCACUAACAGCCUUUACAUUUCAGCCUUUUACAGGCAAAGAGUGAAAUUAACUCAGUGACUGUGAUUAACUGUUCCUGUUAAAUCCUGAUAGAGAUAAAUGAUGAAUUAAUGGACAGACAAGUUUGAAGAAGAUGAUUUAUAGCAUGUUGAUUAGGGAACAUGAGAUUUGUUAUGAAAUGAAAUGAUAGAUUGAGGUGAUUAGAGAAUGGAUGAAAGUAAUGAAAGCUGUGGUUUUGCUGAAAUGCUUUUCUUUGACUUUAGCACUUGUUAAUUAACACUGAGGCCUUAAUGCAUGUCGUAUUCUGAAUGUAUUUAAUAAUAAGGUUAAUUUCCUUCUUGAUGUCAUCUUAAUGAUUUGAUGAUGAGUGAAUGGAUGCUGUUUUUUGUUUAGUAAUAAACUCAGAAUUUGAUGCAAUAAUAUU